AUGGACGUCUCUUCUGCCGCCACAGCCGCGACUACAAACGCAGGAUCCACUCCAGGGAUUCUCAUCAACAGCCAGCCGUCAGCGUCGUCACAGCAGGUGGGAACUUCAGCCAACGCCUCGAACAUGGCACGGCUGAGGCGUGAGUCAAUAGCUCAUUCCCAAGGCAUGGGCGGUGUUUCCUGGGGGUCGUUGACUAUCGGGUCAUGGCUUCGCGACGAGGUUAUGAUCCACGCACACAUGUCUCAAGCGCACUCGGGACACGGUUCAGGGACAAACUAUCAGGGCCCUAACAGCAACAGCAACAGCAAUAGUAUUGGGAUGGCCAUGGGGGCAAAUCUAGGUAAUGGUGCUUCGUUUUCGCCUCCAGGAGCAGCAUCAGCUUAUUUGCCCAACCUAGAGAAACAAUACUGCAAGGACUACUCUUGCUGUGGCCUGCUGCUGCCUGGUCUUCAUGAUCUGCUAAGACACUACGAAGAGGCUCAUAUCUCAACCUCGCCGGGUACCAUCAACACGCAUGCAUCCUCCAUGACUAAUAUAUCAGCCACCACUUCUACUGCUAAUUCUGCUAGUUUAGGUGGUAUUCCAAACACGACGGGCUCGGCAUUUACAGGUUCGGGGUCGGGUUCGGGUCCCGCUGCCCAGCUGGCCCACAACAAUGCUCUCAAAAAGCAGCGUAUGGCUGCGAUGUAUCAACAGCAGCUUCAACAACAGAACCAUGAUCAGCAACAGCGUCAACAACAACAACAGCAACAACAACAUCAACAACAACAACAGCAACAACAACAACAACAACAACAGCACCCUAACCUACAGCAGCGACAACAACAGCAACAACAGCAACAUUUGCAACACUUGCACCAGAGCCAACACUCGCCACAGCAUCAGCAACAACAGCUUCACCAGCAGAUACCGCAAAAUACUCCACAGGCGCUACCGCAUCAUUCAAGUCCGCAUAUACAGCAUUCCCUCACGGACCAACAACAGCAUCAUAAUAUCCAGUUCCAACAGUCUCCAAAACAGCCACAAACACAACAGCACCAGAACCAUCUACAACAACAACUACAGAACCAAAUGCUCAACCAAGCCAUGCAACAGCAAUUACAUGGCGUUCCGCAUAGUUCUGGUGCUAAUACAACGAGCAGUGUCCAGCAGCUUCAUCUCAAUGGUAAUUUGGUGGACGCCGUCUCUACCAACGAGGUUUUCCUGCAAACGGGCGCAGGACAAUCUGGGAAAAGAGGGCAGAUGGUAAAUCCAAGUGUUGAUAAUGGUACAUUUAACAAUAACAAAAUGCAAACUGGCUUCAAUAACUACUCUCUUAACAUGCAGCCCCUCUCGAAACAGGGGGUAGAUGCUUCAACCCUUCAGCAGUUCCAAUCUCAGCAGCAGCAGCAAGCACUUCAACAACAACAACAGCAACAACAGCAACAGCAGCAUCAGCAGCAUCAGCAGCAGCAACAUCAAGAACAACAACAACAUUUUAAUCAACAUCAGCGGCAAAAUGCGCAUCUACAGCACCAGCAUCAUCAUCAGCAACAACAACAGCAGCAGCAACACCAACAUCAACAUCAACAACGGCUUAUGGGAAACGCUUCUAAUGCUUCUUUAAACAGAAGCCGGUUUCCAUCUCAAGUUGGCACCGCUGCAGCAGGCAUCGACUUGGAUUUCAUGGACGCAGACAUUAUCGAUGACCUUCAUGAUGGUAGUGCGAUAAUGGGAGCAGUCCCAUCGCUAACAGCUGAUGUUGCGAAGGCAUGGAAACAAAUGGAUACGGGCUCCGCCUCCAAGAUAUCGCCUCAUCGUACCAAGUUGGGUAACGGCCAAGAUUCUGAGGAUAGCAGUAUGAGUGACGACGAAGAAGAAGACGAAGUAGCCGCUACCACUGUACCAGUGACAGCAACUAACAAACGCAAACAACAGCCUGGGUUUAUAGACGAUCCUGCGCGGAGAUUAUAUGUUAUGGACCAUGAAGAGCACAAGCCUUUCAAGUGCCCUGUGAUUGGCUGCGACAAGACGUACAAGAAUCAAAACGGUUUGAAAUAUCACAAACUGCAUGGUCACCAGAACCAGAAGCUGCAUGAAAAUCCAGAUGGUACUUUCAGCAUCAUAGAUCCUGAAAGUAACGAACCUUAUCCUGAUGGCAUGGGGUUCGAAAAGGACAAGCCCUACCGUUGUGAGGUAUGCGGUAAAAGAUAUAAGAAUUUAAACGGGCUCAAAUAUCACAGAGGACAUUCCACGCAUUGA